UUUACCCUCAUAGGAUCUCUUUCCUUUCAUCAAACAGCGAUUCAAUUCGUUCAUUCAAAACAAACCGAAGAACCCUAACACCACAAUCUUCCAACUGAUUCCUUUCUCCAAAUCUAUAGUAUGGAUUCAUCGGAUAGUCCUGGAGCUAAAGCAUCGUUUCAUAAACCGUCAAAUGAUUCUUCGGGUAGAAAGUAUCGCCGUCGGUCUCCAGCUAGCGGCUCUUCUUCUGAUGACGAUGGGGCUGCCCGUGAGCGUAGAUCUACACCCACCCAUAGGAAGGAUGACAGGAGGGACAUAGACAGGGAUCACAAAAGAAGCCAUUCCAGCAGGGACAGUGGCUCAAACAGAAACAUUGAUCGAAGAUCUUAUAAUGAUCGUAGGCAUGAGGACUAUAGAAAACGGGAAAAGUAUGCAGAUGAAGAUCAGAAAAACUCUCAUAGGUUAUCCCCAAGGGGUGGCAGUGGUAGUCAUGGUGGCAGCUAUGGUGAUCAUUCUAGAAGAGAGCAUGAACAAAACAGAUUAAGAGAUAGGUCAAGUAGGGAUAAGUAUAAAAGGGAUGACUUCAAGGAUGAAAAACGGUCUGGGCAUCAUCAUAAAGACAUUUCUUGGAGGGAUUCAAAAGAGCUGGAUGACUCCAAAUACACAAGGUUUGAAAAGGGUAAGUCAUAUGAUCAGGAGGCUAAGGGAAUCAAGGACCUACCUUUUAAGGAACCCAGAGAGCUGCUUGAUGAUAAAAGUAUUUCAUUCACAAAGAAGUCGAAGUUUAGCACGGAUAAAGAUACAGAGUGCAGCAAGGAUGCUAAUGAAGUUCAGUCUUCAAGCUCGAAGCAAGGUCAAGAAUCUGCUGGUAAAGUUCAUAGCGAGCAAGAUUUUGUGAAAGACUCUGACAUAGAUGCUGCAAAGGUCGCUGCAAUGAAGGCUGCAGAGUUAGUGAAUAGAAAUCUGAUUGGAACGGGUAUCAUGUCAACUGACCAAAAGAAGAAGCUGUUAUGGGGGAGUAAGAAGAGCACCCCUACUAAAGAGGUUGCUCAUCGUUGGGAUACAUCCAUGUUUUCUGAUCGUGAACGACAAGAGAAAUUUAACAAACUCAUGAGUCUGAGGUUGGUAUGGCCAAUUGUAGGGUGUGAAAGGGGAGGUGAAGGUGGAGCAGAAACCAGAAAUCCAAGACAGCAGCCUUGCCGAGAAGCAGAAAGAGCUACAGAUGGACUUGGAGAAGCAGUAUACUGCUGGUCUUCGUCGAAGGGAUGGCCGUACUGUCGGGCUAGGCCUUUGAGGAUCUUUAGAAGGUGUGACUAUUGGUAUCUGUUGUACUUAUUCUGUGCUAGCUACAUGUUUUGUUUACACCAUGCUUUUGAACUAUAUUACCAUCUAAGUAUUAUGAACUCAAUGGUAAGUGUGUACUUUGAUCACCUGAUUGCUGCCGAGUUUCUGUUAUUUGUGAUGGUUUCGGUCAACUCUUUAGAUAAUGCUUUAAUCGGGUUUGACAGGCUAGUAAAAUGGUUAUAAAUGAAAUGGUGGGUUAUUUUGCUAUUCA